ACGGGCAAGAAAAAGGAUUUUCAUUAGCCUUAUGUAAGCUUUCACCACAUCAGGAAAAUGAUGUGACAACAUUUGCUGCAGGUUUGCUGGAUCUAGUGGACCGUUUAAAUUUUGGUGUGUGCCACAUUUUCAACGUAGCAAUAAUGGGGGAUAUCCAUCAAUUAAUGGAAAUAAAAAAAUGGAUCGAGGAACACCGUGGAAUCUGCCAACUUGGUUUUGCAUGUGUUAAAGGAGUUAAACCAUCAGGUCCUAGCGUUGGUAUGGUACGGGCUGUAGAGGGGUUUCUCCUCUACCAUGCGGCGCCUGGGCAACGGCUGCUGCAAGAUCAUUUUAAUUUCACUGCCUGCACUGAGAAUUUUAUUAUUGUAAGUCAAGAGCACAAGGAGUUGCAGGUGUGGCAUUCUGUAGUUGAAAUGUUCAGUAGACCAGGCGAUUGGAUUCUUGACGUAAAUACGCCACAAGUUGCUGGAGCUGCUGCAGCCAUGAAGGAAGGCAGGAAUGUUUUAUGCUUAACACCAAAUGAAGAAGAAGCAAGGAACGUAUUGCGCAAAAUUUUGUGACUUGAAAAACUAAUUAUAUAAUUCUAUAUACAUGAUUCUUUGCAUUUGACUUUAGUAUUUUGGUUGUGAUGUGAAGGUCUGCAGGUAAACUAAAUUUUGGC